GGGGCAGGCUGCUUUUGCAGGCACGUGGAGGAGGUUUGCAAACUCCGGGCUGCUGCAGUCCGGGCAGGGAGGGGCGAUUCUUUGGUUUGCUUGCUGGCUGAACGCUUUUGCAGCGCCCCAUGGCCGAAGAGAAGCCCCUGGCGGUGGUCACCUGCACAGCCCCCGUCAACAUCGCGGUCAUCAAGUACUGGGGAAAACGUGACGAAGAGCUGAUCUUGCCCAUUAAUUCCUCCCUCAGCGUCACCCUGCACCAGGAUCAGCUCAAAACCACCACCACAGCAGCCAUCAGCCGGGACUUCAAAGAGGACCGCCUCUGGCUCAACGGGAAAGAGGAUGAUAUUGCGCACCCCCGACUCCAGUCCUGCCUGCGGGAGAUGCGCCGGCUGGCUAGGAAGCGCCGUGGGGGAAACGGUGACCCCCCUUCCCUCAGUCUUGCCUACAAGGUCCACAUUGCUUCGGAGAACAACUUCCCCACGGCAGCUGGGCUGGCUUCCUCCGCGGCUGGCUACGCCUGCCUGGUCUACACCCUGGCCAAGCUGUACGGCGUGGAAGGGGAGCUCUCCGAAGUGGCUCGCCAAGGCUCGGGAAGCGCCUGCCGAAGUAUGUUUGGAGGCUUUGUGCAGUGGGCCAUGGGCGAAAGAGCGGACGGCAAGGACAGCAUUGCCCUCCAGGUGGCGCCGGAGAUUCACUGGCCUGAGCUGAGGGUCCUCAUCUUGGUGGUGAGUGCGGAGAAGAAGCCGGUGGGGAGCACGGCUGGAAUGCAGACCAGCGUGAAAACCAGUCUGCUGUUGAAGCACCGCGCAGAGGCUGUGGUUCCGGAGCGCAUGAUGCAAAUGAUCCAGCACAUCCAGCGGCGUGACUUUGAGGCGUUUGCGGAGCUCACGAUGAAAGACAGCAACCAGUUCCACGCCGCUUGCCUGGAUACCUUUCCCCCCAUCUUCUACCUCAAUGACAUCUCCAAGCAAGUGAUCGCCCUGGUGCACCGUUUCAACGCACAUCACAACAAAAUUAAGGUGGGCUAUACCUUUGACGCUGGUCCGAACGCAGUUCUCUUUGCCCUGGAAGACACGGUGGGUGAGCUUGUGGAGGUGGUCAAGCGCAGCUUCCCUCCAGAGGACAACGGAGGCCAGUUCCUGAAAGGCCUGCCAGUGGAGGGAGCGUCUCUCUCUGAGGAGCUUCUCAGUGCCGUGGUGAGAGCUCCAGUCCCAGGGGUGAUCCAGUAUUUGCUGCACACUAAGCCUGGACCGGGGCCGAUGAAGGUGGAGGAUUCCAGCGUCCACCUCCUCAGACCGGAUGGGCUGCCCCGGAGCACCUGCUGAGCAAACCGUGGGCUGCUCUUGGAAGCAUACCUAGCUCACGGAGAGGGGUGGGGCUUGAAAGAGCUGAGGAAGACACUGUCCUAACAGAUGGGUGGGUUUUGUGAAUAAAGAGGAGGGGAGAGGCUACAGACCUGGGGUUUUCCCAGAUGAUGCAGAACUGCGUAUCUACGGAAGUUAUUUGCAUACGAAGCUUCUCCCCUGAUUUAUAUGUCUGAUAAGUGUUCUGGCAAGGAGUCCUACGGCCCCGAUCUUCACAGGAGAGGCAGCUCAAACUUCUGUUCCUUCUCUGUCCUUUUGUGACCUUUUAGGGGCUGGGAUUCCCUUUCUCUUAUCAGGGUUGGGUUUGAAGGGGUCUUCCGGUAGACCAUGGGCCGAUUUCUGAUGCAGUGCCAACAAACGAUGGGGAUUCUCGCAAGAAACGAUAACCUAGACGUGCCUUCUUUUGCUCCCGCUAGGCAAUUUUUUACUCGUUUGUGCACUCACCAUCUUUUUCUUUUUAAUUUUCAAACAAGUUUAUUUCAAAACUCAAAAGAUACACACAGAAUCGUAUACAGAAUUAUGCAGACAAGAUCAAACCCACCCAGUCACCACACACGCACACACAACAACCCUAAAGAAACCCAGGUUACAAACAGUAAUCAAGUAACAAACGAAUGCGAAACCAGCAUACGCUGCUCAUUUGAAACGAAAUUUCCUUGUGAAAAAUAACCCAGGAAAGGGAACCACUUGACUAAAAUAGUAGACCUCUGUUUUAAAGCUCUCCUCCCAUCCAAAUGAUAAGUGAUUUUAUCUAAAAUAAAGUACUCCCAGUUCAACCAAA